GGACGGCAUGCUCAACAUAACUUUGAAUAGAGAGAAGUUCUACGCGCUACAACUUUAAAGACCACACUAUGCAAAACGUUGAGGUCGUGUACACGUGGGAGAUGGAUUUCAACCGCAGCACGUUGGGGGCGUCCACCAUACUCGUGCCUAAGCCCGCCGCGCCUACCCCGGCUACCUCUGUCACAAUGCCGUUAUGGGCUCACAACUCUUGGGUGUGUCUCUUCGCUGCCAUGCUAGCUGUCGCUAUCGGAGGGAACGCUAUUGUUAUUUGGAUUGUUACAGCACACAGGAGAAUGCGAACGGUGACGAAUUAUUUCCUGGUAAACCUGUCGUUUGCUGACCUGAUGAUGGCAUCACUUAAUUGUCUGUUCAAUUUCAUAUACAUGUUACAUAGUGACUGGGUGUUUGGAGUGCGGUAUUGUCAGCUAAGUAACUUCAUAGCCAACGUCACUGUCGCUGCCAGCGUGUUCACAUUGACAGGCAUUUCUUUUGAUAGGUACCAAGCUAUCGUGAGGCCGAUGCGACCACGGAUGUCCAAAACUUGUUCCUUGAUCAUGAUUGCUGUCAUAUGGAUAAGUGGGAUGCUUCUUGCUAUACCCUGCUUAUUGUAUUCAACAACUAAAGAAUAUCGGUCAAAAGGAACUUUGAAAACCGCUUGCUUACUGUCCUGGCCUGACGGAUUACCCGAUGUUUCUUAUAUGGAUUUUAUAUAUCAAGUUCUAUUCUUCGUUGUGACGUACGCUGUACCAAUGUUGGGCAUGACGUUCUUCUACUCGGCGAUGGGCCGCGUGCUUUGGGGCUCACGGUCUAUCGGCGAACUCACACAACGGCAAUUGGAUUCUAUACGGUCAAAACGGAAGGUGGUAAAGAUGUUUAUUCUUGUGAUCGUGAUCUUCGGCAUUUGCUGGUUGCCGUACCAUUCGUACUUCAUCUACACGCACUUCAAUCCUUCCAUAUUGUACAUGAAAUACGUCCAGCACAUGUACCUCGGCUUCUACUGGCUGGCGAUGGCAAAUGCGAUGGUUAAUCCCAUAAUCUAUUACUGGAUGAACGCAAAGUUCAGAUCGUAUUUCCGCACGGCGAUCCUGUGCAGAUGGCGAGACACGUGCUUCCGACGCAAGCGGCCGCUGCCCGACUCCCCUCCGGACUGCGUCUCGCAGUCGGGCAGUCGAUCCCGAUCAGGUUUUUACUCGUUAACGUAUAGAGGAACACAACGCAUCAAGAGGAAGUACAGCGGUCGUAUGGCAGCGGUCGUGGUGUCGGCCGGACCUCGGCCCGCACUCGCAGAGACAGAGUUCGCUUGCUAG